UACUCGCCUUCCUGUGUCCUUCACGUGCACCCAGGCUCAUUUGAUUCCUUCUCUCAUAGCGACUGGCAUUUGUUGAUGUGGCAAUCGGAUGGUAUGGACCAGGACUGGGGGCUGCGUGUGGGAUGGCAUAUACUGGCAAGUACUUUGACCAUGCCAGCUACCGCGUGUUCUGCCUCUUGGGAGAUGGUGAGUCUUGGGAAGGCUCCGUUUGGGAGGCAUUGGCCUUCGGUGCUCACUACAGUCUGGAUAAUCUCAUGGCCAUCUUUGACGUCAACCGCCUGGGCCGCAGUGGCGUCUUGCCCAUUGAAAACUGCAUCGAGAUCUAUCAGAAGCGCUGUGAAGCCUUUGGGUGGAACACUUACGUGGUGGACGGUCGUGAUGUCGAGGCGCUUUGUGAAGUGUUCUGGCGAGCAACUCAAGUAAAGAACAAGCCCACUGCUGUCAUUGCCAAGACCUUCAAGGGCCGGGGCAUUCCAAGCGUUGAGGAUACAGAAAAUUGGCACGGAAAGCCAAUGCCAACAGAAAGAGCAGAUGCAAUUAUCAAAUUAAUUGAGAGCCAGAUAGAGACCAACUUGAAGCUCACGCCAAAAUUCCCUAUUGAAGACUCGCCUCAAAUCAACACCACUGAAGUACAGAUGACCUCUCUGCCUAUUUACGAAGUUGGUGACAAGGUUGCUACUCGCAAAGCCUGUGGUUUAGCUCUGGCUAAGCUGGGCCAUGCAAAUGAGAGAGUCGUUGUGCUGGAUGGUGACACCAAGAAUUCCACCUUCUCUGAGAUAUUCAAGAAAGAGCACCCUGAGCGCUUCAUUGAGUGCUUUAUUGCCGAGCAAAACAUGGUGAACGUGGCGCUGGGAUGUACUAUUCGUGGCCGGACCAUUGCUUUUGUUUGCACCUUUGCUGCCUUUUUGACCAGAGCAUUUGAUCAGAUCCGUAUUGGAAGCAUCUCCGAAUCCAACAUCAACCUUAUUGGGUCCCACUGUGGGGUGUCCAUUGGUGAAGAUGGCCCCUCCCAGAUGGCCCUGGAGGAUUUGGCCAUGUUCCGAACAAUUCCCAACUGCACCAUUUUCUAUCCAAGUGAUGCUGUCUCCACAGAGUAUGCUGUGUUCCUGGCGGCCAAUACUGAGGGGAUAUGCUACAUUCGGACCAAUCGACCUGAAACUGAUGUUAUUUACGCCCCAGAAGAAAAAUUUGAGAUUGGCAAGGCCAAGGUCAUUCGCCAGAGUGUCGAUGACAAGGUCACAGUUAUUGGAGCUGGAGUUACUCUGCAUGAAAUCUUAGUCGCUGCUGAUGAACUUGCCAAACAAGAUAUACCUAUCCGUGUCAUUGACCUGUUUACCAUUAAACCCCUGGAUGCUGACACCAUCAUCGCCCACGCAAAAUGCACUGCUGGCCGGAUUAUUACAGUGGAGGAUCACCACCCAGAAGGUGGCAUCGGGGAGGUUGUGUGUGCAGCUGUUUCCAUGGAGCCUGACAUCCUGGUGCACGGCCUGGCAGUACAGGGAGUUCCUCGGUGUGGAAAACCGAGCGAACUACUGGAUAUGUGUGGAAUUAGUGCCAGACACAUUAUAAUGGCUGUGAAAUGUAUGUUAACCAACUAAAAUAGCUGCUGACAUCUCUACAUUCAUACAUGUUGACAAACCAUUUAAAUCUAUACUCUUUGUGCUUUCUUAUUCUUUCUUGUUCUUAAAACAAAUUAAAAAUCUUGCAGUUAGGCCAUAACUAUGUGUACAAGUGCUACUCGCAUGUUUAAGCAAUUAAAGUGGGUUUUAAGAUUGUACGUAAAGAAAAUGGGAACUGUAGACUGUAACCGCCUGGGUCGUGCAGCACCACGCUGUGUACUGCUGACCCAGGUGGAGAAUGCAUGUGCUGCCAUCCUACCUGCAGCUUCCUGGGAACUGUGUGACUGCAGUGGCUCUGGAAUUUCAUCUUCCCUCUCGCGGUGUGUGAGGCAGCAGUGAAAGCUCUUAGAUUGUCCUUUGCUGCUUGAGGUGACUUGUCUAUGAAGAAAGGAUACAACUAGUUCUAGCAUACACACUGCACUCUUGUGAGGUCUCACAUGUCUCAUUUGCCCAGUGACCAGACCUAACUGUAAACUCAAUUAUAUCCAUUUACUUGUUAAGACUUAAUAAAGCAUUA